AGUCCUGAAAACAUAUUCUUGUUCUCAACAUUCAGAGUUGCUGAUUGUUUUUUGGCCUCAGAAAUUAUUUCCGGUUUUCACAUUAGGGAUAAUACUUCAUUUGGAAGCACAAAUGAGAACCCAAAUAUCCGCACCUGCUACAUAACAUGACUCCUCCCCCUUCCAUAUAGACUGCCAAAAGACGCCAGGCAAAGGCUGCCCUCGGAUUCGUUCUCGCCCUCGCUCGGCACAUCGCUUGGGUUCUUCUGUGGGGAAGGUAGAAAUCACCACCCAUGUCAUUCUUCUGUCUUUUGCAAGAGCUCUACAAAAUAGCUGUUAAAGGUCAGCAGCCAGGAGGCACAGUUCAGGCAGAGCUUCCUGGAGCUCUUGGCAAGACUUUCAACAGCAGCACCAUUCAAGGACGAGCGAAUGUGGCCCGUGCCACGCUGGGUCUGACGGCCGUCGUCGCGGUCGCCGCGGUGACGCUGGUGUCGCGAGGUCGCGGCUCGGCGGUGACGGCAGCUCCGUCAUCAGCAGCCUCCGACCCCGCAGCGCCAGCGCAGCUCGACUAGUCGCCGCCGCCCUCGCAGUCCGUUCAUAGAGCAAUAUCCCUGCUAGCCCUCGCCUGUAUUCAGAUCAGCUCCGUUCGAAAGUCGCCGUACCACACGUUCGCAAGCAUGGUGAAACAGUACGCUACACAGAAGCUGCUGGCCUUUGUGGCCAGAUAUAUGAGGAGGAGGUUCGACAGGGACACCAAACACUUCAUGAAAUGUCAGGAGCAGACCCUUUUGGAGCGUCUCCGCGCCAGCCGAGACUCGGCGUACGGCCGCGACCACAACCUGAGCGGCAUCACCAGUCUGGCUGCGUUCCGUUCCUCGCAUCCGGUCACCGAGUACGGCCACUACGACGGCUACGUCCGCCGGCUGGCCGACGGCGAGCGGGACGUACUCUUCACCGGCCCGCCGCGGUCACUGGCCUGCACCUCGGGCACAUCAGGCGGCAGUAAACUGAUGCCAGUCACCAGCAGUCUGGUGGUGAACCUGGUCAGCGGCGUACUGCUGCUCUUGGACCGGCAGCUGGUCGCCUUCCCCGGCGCCGGCCGCCUGCAGCGCCAGAUGCGACCGGUGGUGGCGCCCCGCUGGCGGUACUCGCCUGGCGGACUGCCCAUCGGACCCGCCUCAGUCGCGCCUCCCGGACAGAAAGACGGCCGUGAACACACUCAGUUUCUGUACAGCUCCCCACCAGCGGCUAACGACAUCCCAGCUGAACCGGCCGCCGUGUAUGUGCACCUGCUAUUCGGCCUGAGAGACCGAGAGCUGGGCGCCAUCGAGGCCAACUUCGCAUCGUUUGUCUACUCCGUGUUCUCAGCGCUCGAGAGGGACUGGCAGCGCCUGGCCCGAGAUCUGGCUGCUGGCAGGCUCGGAAAGGACGUCGAAGUACCCGACUCCGUACGAACCGCGUGUGACGCCGCUCUCAGCCCCGAGCCGGCCCGCGCCGCUGAGCUGAGGGAGAUCUUUGAGUCGGAGGACGCCUUCCGGGACGGUCGUCUGGCGCGACGCGUGUGGCCUCAUCUCAACUUCAUCACGACCGUGACCUCUGGAGCGAUGCAGCUGUACGCCGCGCGACUCCAGCGCCGGUACACCGGCCAGGUGCCGCUCUACAGUGCGCUCUAUGCCGCCACUGAGGGUCUGCUCGGUGUCAACCUCUGGCCUGAAGAGUCCCAACCGCGCUAUGUGCUCCACCCGCGAGCCAUGCUGUUCGAGUUCGGCGAGACGGCUGGGACAGACGGCGACAAGAUCCUGCUGGCGUCUGAGCUGGAGGUUGGCGGCGAGUACGAGCUGAUCGUCACCAACCGGUCCGGCAUGUUCAGGUUCCGCAUGGGCGACGUGGUGCGGGUUGUGGACUUCUACAACGGCGCACCGAUCGUCGAAUUCCUGUAUAGAAAGGGCCAGCUGCUGGACGUCCACUCGGAGAAGAUGUCCGAGGCGGCGUUUUUCGGAGCGCUGCGGUCAGCGGCUGACGGCUGGAGUUCUACGCUGGUGGACUACACCACAGCGGAGAGCGUACUGCUGGCUGGGGCGGCCGACAAUCCGCCUCACUACGUGGUACUGCUGGAGCUGAAUGGAGCGCCGCUCACAGACGACGAGAGGCAGAAGGUGGACGAGUCACUAUGCGCCCACCACGAGGUGUACCGCUCGUUCCGCGCCAAGGCGGCCAUCGGGCCUGCCCAGGUGGUGUGCCUCCGACCGGGUGCGUUCGAGCGGCUCCGACAACACGUGCUGGCCAACUCAGACACGAGCGCGCUGCAGUUCAAGGUGCCCCGCGUACUGCGGACAGAGAGCCUGCUACAGCUGAUGUUGGAGGAGCGACACCAAGACGAUUUGGAGAAGCAGCGACAAACGGCGACGACGUGAGAUAAACUCAGGGGUGCAGGGUCAACGGCGCCAUAUACUCCAUCUCAAACGUUUGGACCGCUCAGAAAGACGACUAUAAUUUAGCAUCAUCCGCGGGUGCUCAGGGGUGUUUCAACAGAACCUGUUUCAUAAUGGUCCGAUAGCAAGAUGUUGAUGGAGGCAUCAGGUUUUAUAUUUAUAUUUUGCCGGAGCUUACUGUGCAUCCGUGUUGUGAAGCAAAUGUUAAGAAAAACGGUAUUCAUAAGGACGUACGGACGGAGGUAUGCAACAGAAACUUAAUGUUUGUGUUUUUUAUAUAUCCACACAAAUAUCGGCGAAUUUUUCCUGUCCGACUACCGAAUUGUCGUACCUCUAGCAUACCUCUACAACAAAUGCUCUCAGGAUAGUGAAUGUUGUGUGUAUGUUUGUGCAACCGUUCUUCGGUUCCUGCCUGGAAAAUAAACAGCAACGACGAAUACACGCUGAAAAAAGUG